AUGUUGCAUGGGACACCGGAGGACAGUUUUCAGAAAUUAUCUUCAUACUGUCAGGUAUUAGGUGAGAAUAACCCGGGGACGGUAACCCACAUCGAACUUGAUUCGCACGAUAGAUUCCAUUACUUCUUCCUAGCUUUUGGUGCAAGCAUUCGUGGUUACAUACAGUACUUGAGGCCCAUUGUUUGCGUUGACGGUAGUCACUUGAAAGGUCCAUACAAGGGUACACUUUUACUGACAACUGCCCAAGAUGCCAACAAACAGAUUUAUCCCUUAGCGUGGGGGAUUGUGGAUUCCGAAACUAACCGAUCUUGGAUGUGGUUUAUGUCUAACUUGAAAGAUCUUAUAGGAGACUCAGAUGAACUUGUAUUUGUUUUGGACAACAAAAGAAGUAUCGAAAGAGCUAUUACUCACUUAUUUCCUUUGUCUCAUCAUUGUUGUUGUAUGUGGCAUGUGGAGAAGAACCUAAUUCGGCGGCACUUUAACGCAAGUUCAAUAUUCUUGUUCAAACGAGCUGCUACAACUUAUAGGGUCGAAGAGUUCGAACGACUAAUGGGACAGAUUCGUAGGGUGAGUGAAAGAUGUUACAGGUAUUUGGAGAAAGCCGGUUUUUCAUUCUGGUCACGAGCACUAUUCAUGGGAGACCGAUACAACAUUAUGACAAACAACAACGCAGAAUCAUUGAACUCAAUGUUGAGACAUGCUCGUUCGUUGCCAAUCACGUGUUUGGUUGAGCACAUUCGUAAAACAAUGCAGAGGUGGUUUUACGAACGUCGAAGCAAUGCAACCGCAUGCAGUACUAUAUUAUCGUCGAGGAUGGAGAACGAGUUACAAAAAACAUUUGAAGCUGGUACUAGGCUUCGAGCCCAUGAGUUGACAAACAGCUUGACCCAGGUUGGAAUAUCCAACGAUAUGGAGAUAGUGGACUUCUCCGAUAACACAUGCACAUGUCGUGAGUUUCAACUAAAUCGUAUGCCAUGUGCUUAUGCAACUCGUGGUGCUACCCUGAGUGUUGGGAACAACAGCGGCUUGAAAACCUACACUACUGCGGUUGCCUAUUAUGGAGAUGCAGUUUCUGCACGUAUCCAGAGAACGUGA